AUAGAGGCCGGCUACUGUGUCACAGCCUUGCACCCCUUCCUAGGCGCUUCCUCUUCUAUCACACAGCUGGGGCCUCACUCCUCUCACAGAGCAGAGAGUCCGGGUGCUCCGGGCACACACUUGGACACAGCAGGCCCCUCAGGCCUCCAGGAUGCCUGUCCCUGCCUCCUGCCCCCGCCCUCCUCCUUGCCUGCUGCUGACUCUACUGCUGGGCCUCCCAGGAGGGGCAGGUGCGGAGCUGCAGGUGAUUCAGCCUCAGAAGCCAGUGUCCUUCGCAGCCGGAGAAACGGCCACUCUGAGCUGCACCGUGACCUCCCUGACCCCGGUGGGGCCCAUCCAGUGGUUCAGAGGGACAGGGCCAGGCCGGGAGUUAAUCUUCAGUUACAAAGGAGGCCUCCACUUCCCCCGAGUAACAAGUGUUGCAGACGCCACGAAGAGAGAAAACUUGGACUUUUCCAUCCGCAUCAGUAACCUCACCCCAGCAGACACAGGGACCUACUACUGUGUGAAGUUCCGGAGAGGAAGUGGUGAUGACACGGAGUUCAAGUCUGGAGCAGGCACUCAGCUCAGCGUGAGUGCCAAACCCUCUCGCCCUGUGGUAUCGGGCCCCACGGGCAGGUCGCCGCCUGGGCAGACAGUGAGCUUCACCUGCCAGUCCCACGGCUUCUCCCCCAGAGACAUCACCCUGAAAUGGUUCAAGGAUGGGAAUGAGCUCCCAGCCUCCCAGACCACCGUGCACCCAGAAGGAGACAGCCCUCCCUACAGCGUCUCCAGCACAGCCAGGGUGCGGCUGGCCCCGGGGGAUGUCCGCUCCCAGGUCAUCUGCCAGGUGGCCCACGACACCCUACAGGGGGACCCUCCUCUUCGUGGGACUGCCAACGUGUCUGAGGCCAUCCGAGGCCACCCAGCACCUCAUGGCAGGGAACCAGGAGAACAUCAUCACCUGCCUGGUAAAGAACUUCUACCCCCAGCGGCUACAGCUGACCUGGCUGGAGAACGGAAAAAAAUCCCGAACAGAAAUGGCCUUGACCCUCGUAGAAAACCAGGAUGGGUCCUUCAGCUGGAGGAGCUGGCUCCUCGUGAAUCUGUCUGCCCACAGGGAGGAUGCGAUGCUCACCUGCCAGGUGGAGCACGAUGGGCAGCCGGCGCUCACCACAAGCCUCACGUUGAUGGCCUCUGCUCACCAGGACAAGGACAAAGGUCCAGGGACAUCUGCCGUUAUCUUUGUGGCUUUCCUCCUGGGCUUCAAGGUGCUGCUGGUGAUGAGUUUCACAGUCACCUACAUCCACAGGUGGCGGGACCUGUAGCAGCUCUUCCCUGCCACGGGAUAUAUUGCCUCCUGCCCUCUCCAAGGGGCUUAAGUAGGAAGAAGAAGCUGCACAAACCUGCAGAUUAUCCAAGGCCCCUGCCCUUCACUCUGUCAAACCCACUUCCAUCACCAACAUGCUCCUUCCCACACCCUCCUGAUGUUUCUUCUCUCUAAAACUAAGGCUGCAUCAAGGAUGGGCUUUGGUCACAGAGACUCAAGGAUGUCGGGACCUUGAUGCAUUGAGCUUCACACUGGCCCUGCCUCCACCCAAAACAGAACCAAGAACAUGAAGAGAACAGAUUUCACCUCCCCUCACCAUAAACAACUCUUAAUAUUCGGAGCAGAUUUCACUUUUACCCAGAGCUUCUGCCAGUAUAACUUUAUUUUAACACAUAGAUAUUUGAAAUCACUAAGUAGAAUAAACAUUUUACAAUUUUGAAAUUUAUAAAGAAUAUUAAUGGUAUCCAUGGACCUACCAUCUCUCUUUGCAAAACAUUAAGAUAUUGCUAUUAUGUUUUCUGUUUCUUUUGAAAAAACUUUGAAAUUCAGUAUUUUGAUUCAUGGUUUUACAUUUUUACAACAUGUGUGUAAAUCCUUAAGCACUAUUUAAUAUUACUUUGCCUCUUUUAAAUUUUAUUGAAAUGCUGUUUUUCUGUAUGAAACAUUCUGGAACUUUACUUGUAUGCUUAACACGGUUCUUUGUGUUUUAAUAAUGUUGACAUAUGUGACUCCAUUUUACUAAUUUUCCAUACUCUACAGUUUUCUAUUGUAGGAUAUGCUAUGAUUUACAGAUUCUUCUCAAGAUGGUAGUAAAGCUCUAUCUCAUGU